AGCGCAUUGUCGCAAGGGCCGCCGCACCGGCCGCGCGUGAACGCAGGCGCAUACGCGAUCGAUCAGUGAUCUACUAUACUCGAGUGUUUGUAAAUAUCGUUCCCGCUUAGCCUUCGGCUACGCCUUGUGUAUUAAGUGCCGAGGAAAAUGAUGUGCAAAUAAAAACUAUGUGAAACUGUGAAUAAGAUCUACCAAAAUGGGAAGCGGGAAAUUCGGUUUCAAUGUUAAAAAGGACAAGGUGAACGCGGAAGAGGCUAAUAAGACUGAGUUUAGUGUUAAGGAAAGCAUUCGGAAGAUACAGAAGAAGUUAAAGAAGACUGAAAAACAAAAACAGAAGACUGAACAUGUCAAGGAGAAGACUAUUUGGUGGAACCAAUGCGGUGGUUUGAGCGAGAUCGACCAGUACCUAUGGAUGGUUGGAGGAUCAGCCGGCGCGCUGGCGCUGACGGGCGUCGCGGCCGCGUCGGCCUUCUACCUCAGCACCCGGCCCAAGCCAGAGAAGCCCCUUGUCACGCUGCACGAGCAGAGCCUACUUGAACCGGGUCCAGAAAUGGUCCGAGUGUCAAAAUUCUACAAAGAAGCAAAAAAUGGUCGAUAUCUCCGUUACCUUCACGAAGAUACGCGUACUCUGUACGAAACUUUCCGGCGAGGAGUUAAAGAAUCAAAUAAUGGCAACUGUCUCGGUUGGAGGGAAAGUCCAAAUAAGCCGUACGUGUGGCAGAACUACAAUGAGACCCUGCUGCGAGCGAAAAACUUUGGAUCAGGACUAUUAUGUCAAGGUCUUACACCGGGGCAAAACACAUUUAUAGGUAUAUACUCACAGAAUUGUCCAGAAUGGAUCAUGACAGAACAAGGUGCCUAUUGUUAUUCAAUGGUCAUAGUGCCACUGUACGACACGUUAGGAGCCAACGCAUGUGCCUUUAUUGUUAAUCAGACUGACAUGUCGCUCGUCGUUUGCGAAGACGACAAGAAAGCGAACCUGCUGCUCGACCAGGCGCCGCGGUGCCUGCGGAAGCUUAUCACCAUCAAGGAGGUGUCGCCCUCUACGCACCAGCGCGCCAAGAGCCGCGGCGUGGAGAUCAUCAAGUUCAGCGACGUCGAGUUCCAGGGGGCUCAGAAGGAUCACCCGUGUGUCCCGCCGAAACCUGAGAGCCUCUGCACGAUUUGCUACACGUCCGGCACGACGGGCAUGCCCAAGGGCGUGAUGCUGACCCACGAGAACGUGGUAGCGUCCAUGUGCAGCGUCAUUAUGCAGCUCGGCGAGCACCGGCCCGCCAAGACCGAUGUCAUGAUCUCCUUUCUGCCGCUCGCGCAUAUGCUGGAGCGAUGCUGUGAGAAUGCUCUAUACAUGGUAGGAGGAGCGGUUGGCUUCUACAGCGGCGACAUCAGGCGGCUCGCCGACGACCUGCAGUGCCUGAAGCCCACGAUGAUGCCCGCGGUGCCGCGGCUCCUCAACCGCCUGUACGACAAGGCCCAGUCCGAGAUCUCCAGCUCCAAGAUCAAGAAGCUGCUCUUCAACAUGGCUUUGUCUGCGAAGGAAUCAGAGUUGAAGAGGGGCAUCAUUCGCGGGGACUCCAUCUGGGACAAGCUGGUGUUCCGCAAGGUGCGCGAGGGCAUGGGCGGGCGGCUGCGCAUCAUGGUGGUGGGCUCGGCGCCGCUCGCCGGCAACGUGCUCACCUUCGCGCGCUGUGCCCUAGGCUGCCUGAUCGUGGAAGGCUACGGUCAGACGGAAUGCACCGCGCCGGUGACUCUAACCGUUCAGGGCGAUCACGUGCCUGAACAUGUCGGGCCUCCCGUCGCUUGUAACAAAGUGAAGCUUGUGGACGUGCCCGAAAUGGAGUACUACGCGGCGCAGGGGCACGGCGAGGUGUGCGUGCAGGGCGCCAACGUAUUCAAGGGCUACUUCAAGGAGCCCGAGAAGACCGGCGAGGUCAUCGACCACGACGGCUGGCACCACACCGGCGACAUCGGCAAGUGGCUGCCGAAUGGCACCUUGAAAAUCAUUGACAGGAGAAAACACAUUUUCAAACUGUCACAAGGCGAAUACAUAGUUCCUGAGAAAAUAGAAAAUAUUUACAUAAGAAGUCAAUAUGUCGAACAAAUAUUUGUACAUGGAGAAUCAUUGAAGUCGUGCAUAGUGGCGGUCGUGGUGCCCGACGUGGACGUGGUGAAGUGCUGGGCGCUAGAGCGCGGCAUCAAGGGCACGUUCUCGGCGCUGUGCGAGAACCCCACCGUCAAGAAGAUGAUCCUCGACGACAUGCUGCAGUGGGGCCGCAACGCCUCGCUCAAGACCUUCGAGCAGGUAAAGGACAUCUACCUGCAUCCAGAUCCAUUCUCAGUGCAAAACGGCCUACUGACCCCCACCAUGAAGGCGAAGAGGCCAGAGAUCAGGAACUACUUCAAACCCCAGAUAGAGGACAUGUACAAACAGCUCGAAUAACACUAGCAUACACUAGAGAAUUAUGUUUAUCACAAACUAUUUGUGACGCUGCAGCUACACUGGGCUGUUUUAAUAAAAUAGAAGAGUUUGAUAAUGAAAUAAAAAUGAAGAUAUUAUUAGACGUAAGUGAACACACCGCUGUACAUCUCUUUUAUUAAAACAGUCCAAUCAUUAGACUAAACUGUGAUGUAUAACAUCACUAUACUCUUUAGUAUCCUAUCACAGUACAAUGUGUUCUUUAUAAUUUAUAAUUUUAGCCACUUUUCACUUUCUUAAUAAUAUCGUUUUACUCUUGAUAAGCGUAAAUCAGAAUGGCGGUGUCAUGGAAAAGUGUUGUGACAGUAUUUAAUGAUAUGUUUUUAAACUGCUUCGAAAUGAUCACGAGGUACUAAGUCAAAAACAAUUCACUUAGGCAAAAUUAAGAAAUUUUAAGCCAAUGUAGAUUCUGAUAGUUUGGUAGUUACAUCACUUACAUCUGCUUUCCUUUUGAUAGCAAUAAUGAGGAGCGUUGUGCCUCGGACAGUCAAUUAAUGUCUUCAUCGCUUUUGUGUCUUUCUAGUGAUCUGAAUUAAUCACAAAAAAUCCAGUAAAGACUAGUGCAUACUCAAAAUUGUCGUCGGUAUGAUGGCGGGCUGGUAAUUGAUUUAAUGAAAUAUAAACAAGUUUUGCAAAACCGUCCGAAUUUCAAUGAGGCAUUAUUAUAUACUAUACAUGAAAGAAAAAUCAAAACUGUACUCUUCUAUAAUAUAUCAAUCUUAGCGUCAUUUGAAUAACUCAGCAUUCUACCUUUCAAGACUAUCCUUAGAACAUAAAUAAUCAAUUACUUCAGUGAUAUGCAAUUCACUAACAAUAAUAGAUUAAAAUUAAUUAAAAUCAUAAGCAAUACUUUUGACAGGUUAGUAAAUGUAUGAGAAGGACAUAGAAAGCAUUUCCGGAAAUCUGUUUAGUGAUUUGGAAUAAUAUUACUAAGCAGCUUACGGAAAAUCUUCAUUUUAACCGAAUUUGAUGUGAAAUAACCCUUUUCCAAAACUAAGCCAUACUUGGUUUUGAUGUUUGUAUCUCAUGACAAAUUUGAUUGAAGUGGACUUUUAUCGUUAAAGAAAGUUAUCCUAUAGGUAGGCUUUUUUAUAGCUAUAGGGGGUAAUAUAUUGUCGUGGCAAUUCAACGUUGAAGGAAAAAAGUGAGCACAUAAUACAUGUUAUCUAUAGGUACUGCGACUGCGACUUACUCAAAAUAAUUAAACAAGACUAAUACCCACAUUUUAGCUGUAACAUUUUUGGAAACAAUAUUCACUGCUUAGAGUCACAUUAUAAUACAAAUUGUAAUAAAUUUAUACGUAGAAAAAAUUCAUUUCGACAACGCGUUUAACUUGCGGUUAUUAAAUAUGAUGUACCUACAUACCUACUUAGAAGUUUUAUUUCGCUGAAAAAUAAUGCUAUAAAAUGUAGCAUGGACCUUAACAUUGUUUCUCGUAAUAUCGGAUUCUUAAGUUUAAAUUGUUAUAUAAGUAUGCCAUAAUUAUGCACACACAAUUUUGGUAAUUUAUUUGUGACUUACCAUGAGUUUUAUAGCUCAUUUCCAGUGUAUGAAAUCAAUAUACAUAUGACGACCUUGUAAUGUAGUGUAAGUAGGGAAUACUCUUAUUUUGAGCUGUGCCUUCUACCUGGACCCUUCAACGAAAGUUGCUGUGUAAAGUAUUGCAACCAUUUUUGUGUUUAUUUCUGGCGUAUUUACUGUGAAUAUUACUUAUCUACGAUUAUAAAAUAACAUGGCUCAGCCUCAGUGUAUUUUGAGAACAAAAGCAUGUUUUGAAAAUGAAAAAAAAAACGUGAACGCUGGUUAGUAAAACACAAAAAUAGAUGCAAAGAUUACGAUAACAUUUGUAAAGAUAAAUUGACAAAAAACCAAGAGGCAAAAAUUCCGUAGAUAUUAACAGCAACAAAAAAAAACGAAAUAUCAAUUGACGACGGUAGGUAUGUGUUUUUAUUUUAAAUUUCUUUCUAAAUAUGUUAUUGCUGAGUGGAUUUAAGUGAACUGUGUGACUAGCGAGUGAAUCUCUUUAUGUUUGAUCAUUAUUAAACUGUCGACUGCCUUAUUUUUAAAUUGUGUGAUUAAUAUUGUUUUUAACUUAAGUAAACUACAAUCGUAAAGAUAAAAUAAAUAGUUAUAUACGAAAGCAAGUCAGUCGACAGUUUAAAAGUAGAUGUUGGCCGUAUAUCUCCUUAAAGUAAUUGAAAUGUUGGAACAUGUGUAGGUCAAAAUAUUCGCACUUUGUUAGUAUAAUUUUAUAUCGUGUAUGCUAUCCGAUUGGUUCAGCUUUGGGCGGAACGCCGGGCGCGUUUCAUGUUGUUCAAACCAAAAUUUUGUUGUUAUUGGUGCAAGUUGCUACAAUAAUUUAUUUUUAAUAAAAAUUUAAAUA